GCAAGGGGCAGCCUUUACGCAGAUGCAGUGAGUGGCACUUGUCCUUUGUGUAUUGGCCCACUGCAAUAUGCACUACAGGGUUUUAAACAUUAUUUGUCCAUAAGCUGAUGGCCCAUAGACCGUAAAACGUCGAUAAUGAUCGCAAAAGAAUUAUUGUAUGUAGUGCAUAGCCAGUCAGCACACACAGUUUAUAACCCGCUCCGACCACCAUGGAGUUACACCAUAAGCACAAAGUUCCAUCAUGGUUCCAUCGAGCUCAGAGUUAUUAAAUCCUGGACCAACCGGCUGUUUCCUGGGAACGCAAUGUUAUCAUGAGUAAUAGCUGAUAAACACAUGUACAUCGGACGAGAGCAGAGGACUAAGUGUGGAGCGUAGAAAACAUAAAGUUUGCCGAUUGAUAAGCCAGUCAGCAGUGCACACGGCCAGAGAGUGCUUGGAGGUGGCGAGUGUGUAUCGCAGGCAGAAGCUUUCUUGCAUUGUGUUACUCACCAGAAAGUGAUUUCAUUACUACGAUAAUUAGCUUGUUAUGGGAUUAAAUUGAAGAACUCUCGACAGUAUUUCCUUGUCCACUGUGUGAAGUGAUAUUAUUAUCAGUAUAUCACCGAAGUAGUUUGGAAACUGACACUAAUCACAGAGCAAGGGCAAUGCUCUGAUUUAUUGUUGUUCUCAUAAUAUAUCACGGAGCAAUUCACUGGUUUUAACGAAAGUGUUUGUGACGGUGCAGCAAUCUUUGGAUAUAAUUCGGGUAACCUUGGCAUCGGCAGGUCUGUGUCAACCCGGGAACAUAAAACGCAAAAGAGAAAUGACGAAUUGUCCUCUAGGAAUAAUGAUCCAGCUACAAACCAUAGAGUAAGGACAGCAUGCUAUUACUAUAAUGGGUGUCGUAUCCGCGAGCCUUUAUAUCAAUUAAUUUUCACUGACACUCUUAAAUAGACCGUGAACAAAAGGCGAGGAAUCAUCCAUAAUGACACCGGAUAGUGUUCAUUCGGUAUUUAGCGCCGUGACUACACGGGCGGCCUCGUCGUCAGUGCAGUUGUUGGUCGAAACACCGGGCGUGGUGGACGGGAGCAUCGGGGAGGAUGCCACGGACAUGAUGUGCAACAAUAUCUACCAGAACCAUACCUGUUCGCCAGACCGUGCUGCGAGGUACGGGCAGGCGGUUCUCGGCAUAAUCAGCUUUGUCUUUAUCUUCAUUGGCAACGGGCUCACCAUCCUGGUUAUUCUGACUGACAAACAGCUCCACAAAAUGUCUUUUUUGGUGAUUCUGAACCUCGCUGUGGGAGAUUUUCUUCUCGGGAUCAUCAGCCAACCACCAUCUAUAUACUACUCAUUCACCUGCAUCUGGCCAAGCGGCAGUGAGGGAUUUCUCUGUCAGUUGGUCGGCUUUUCUACUUGUCUUUUAUGCUCCGUCUCCAUUCUAUCGCUGGGAUUUGUAAGUUAUGAACGUUAUUUGUACGUUGUGUGUCCGUUUGAGUACAAGUUUAAGAUGACAUACGGGAGAGGGAUAUUUACGUGUGCCGUGUUGUGGAUUUAUUCCACCAUAGCUGCUGUGUUUCCAGUGUCUGGUUUGUGGGAAGGCGUUGGGCUUGUCCCAGACACUGCUCUCUGCAACGUUCAAUUUCACACCAGUUCCGUUUACAUGUGGGCUAUGAUUGCUUUAUUUCUGGUGCCGUCCGGAGCAGUUACGGUUUACUCUUAUUAUAAAAUCUUGCGAAUGGCUCGCUCAUUUGGACGGGUCGAGGCAAACUACCGCCGGGCGGUCGAGCUCAACCCGGUGGCCAGCACGGCUCUGAACAACGGCAUGCACUCCUGUUCGGACGGAACCAACACCCCGGACAGCCAGUCUGUUGACGGCGCUCCCACCACCGCACCAACUACCCCCGUCAGCGUACGGAAGAUGAGCAUUGUGAAUGCAAGGAAAGUGGCCAAGAUCUUCGUCAUUGAGCGAAAGUCUACCAUAACUGUAACUGUCCUGAUCGGAACAUUCUUUGUGUGCUGGGCACCGUAUGUCAUCAUCAACGUCAUACGAGCCUCUAGCUGCCAGCCAAGUACAUUCUGGGAGACGGCCAUCUCCCAGUGGUUAUGCAUCUUUAACAGUGGUUGUAACCCCAUCGUGUAUGGUCUCACAAACAAGCCGUUUAGGGACGCUGUAAGGAGGUUCCUCCGCCGGUUUGGAUUAUGCAAAAGGACUUCAAAGAUGCUCAGGACGGUUGUACACGACAGAGAAUCGUCAGCGAACAUACCGUUAAGGAAAGUGACUGAUAAAAGACUAGAUUGCCUGAGAGGGCCAAAUCACACAUGAUGCCGGAAAAAAAUAUCUUGGUUUUUUAUAAUAUGUUUUUUAAUUUACACUUUCUGAAGAAAAUUUGCCUAUUAUUUUAUUCCAGUUUUGCCGUCCGAAAUAGUCCCAACCCGCCAUCGACGGGUCUAGGUUCUUGAUUCAUGCCUUAAGCACGAUGCAGAACCGGGCGAGGGUGAUCUCAGUCUAGGUAGGAACCCUCUGCUCUCAGUGACCCCCUUUCAAAUUUAUCUGUUCCCAUCUCUGUAAUCUUUACAAAGUGCAUUCGCGGGUAGUUCAUUAUGUCUUUAUCUCGCCACAUAGCAUCACAUACAGAGCUCGAUUGGUAAUAUCUAGUUCAAAGUUGAGGAUCAUUGUCCAUUAUAUAAUACACUCAAGCAUACAGUACAUAAAAUUGUCACUCAUUUUGAUUGGCAGUUCCUUGUUACAAAUACAAUGUUUUAUAUCUUGCAAUAUUUGCAACGUACUGAUACCACGCUCCAGUAAAAAUGUAUUCCUAUUGUGGAGGGCUUGCUUCAUACUUUUUACGACUUAAAAUGGAGGCAAUGAUUGUGAGUUGUUUGAUGCCGCACAUUUUGUUUGCACUGGAAAGCAAUCUCUUGCUUUUAGUUAUGGGUUCUAGUCUGCCCUCCAUUUGAUAACAGUUGGUAAAUAUAUCACAGUAGUCCCUAUUGUAUAAUGAUUUGGAGUUGAACAAACAAAAAUUGAUUUAGCGGGAUUUGAACCAACGACCAAUAGUCAGUUUCCCAUGUGGUUUAUAACUGGAUAUUGUAUGGAACUAACUGUGAUACAUGAUGGUUCUAGAGUUCCAAACAAUAUGAUACUGAUUUCCAACGAACAACACAAAUAUAGCAAAAAGAACCUGCUGUUCAAACUCACCAUCAGGUUUAUGCUUUUUUGUUACGGUGAGGUGCUUAUUUCAAAAUUAAAAUUUGCUAGAAGUGUUUUGGGAAAAAAAUUCCCUCAUAUUGUAUUAUGGCUCUUUCUUGACACACUUCCUUAAAGUUGUCAAGAUAUGCAGAGAUGUACAGGAAAUGAUUAAUGACACUAUACACUGUACUUCCUUUAGUUGUGUUAAUUAUUCCCUUUUAAAGGAUGAUAUACCUUAACCACUCAACACAUUGAUGACCUUAAAAACGUAUUUGAGAGCUGUUUAUAAUAUAAAGCAUUGUUAGAAACAACAGUGUUUUAAUAAUUUCAGCAACACAUUUUUGGGGGAAAAACUAAUGUAUUUGUCCAUGUUUAUAACCACAUUAUUUUGAAGUGAAAUUAUUCUCAAAAUGCUUGAAUCGAAACCUGUUGUACUUCUAACCAAGUAUUAUAAGUUUGUUAUUAUCACUAGUGUAGAGUCUUACAAGACAUACGGAUUAAACCAAUACUAUAGACGAAUUCAA